AUGACCAGAUCAGAACACCUCAAUAAACACCUGCAGAGAUGCACAGGGAAGAGAACUCACUGCUACUCUGACUGUGGGAAGAAAUUCACCUCAUCAGGCAUUAAAACUCAUCAGAGAACACACCCAGGAGAUAAACCUUUUAGCUGUGUUCAAUGUGGGAAGAGUUUUGGUCGAUCUUGCCAUCUGACUCAACACCAGAGAAUACACACAGGAGAGAAAUCUUAUAGCUGUGAUCAAUGUGGCAAGAGUUUUCAUCAAUCUGGAGAGCUGACAGUGCACCAGAGAAUCCACACAGGAGAGAAACCUUAUACCUGUGAUCAAUGUGGCAAGAGUUUUUCUACAUCUGGCUCUCUGACUCUGCACCAGAGAACACACACAGGAGAGAAACCUUAUAGUUGUGGUCAAUGUGGGAAGAGUCUUUCUACAUCUGGCUCUCUGACUCUGCACCAGAGAACACACACAGGAGAGAAACCUUAUAGUUGUGGUCAAUGUGGGAAGAGUUUUCUUCGAUCUGGAGAGCUGACAGUGCACCAGAGAAUCCACACAGGAGAGAAACCUUAUCGCUGUGAUCAAUGUGGGAAGAGUUUUAGUCAAUCUGGAGAGGUGACUCAACACCAGAGAACACACACAGGAGAGAAACCUUUCAGCUGUGAUCAAUGUGGGAAGAGUUUUGGUCAUUCUGGCCAUCUGACUCAACACCAGAGAACACACACAGGAGAGAAAUCUUACAUCUGUGAUCAAUGUGGGAAGAGUUUUGGUCGAUCUGGAGAGCUGACAGUGCACCAGAGAACACACACAGGAGAGAAACCUUAUAGCUGUGGUCAAUGUGGGAAGAGAUGUACUACAUCUGGCACUCUGACUCUACACCAGAGAACACACACAGGAGAAAAACCUUAUAGCUGUGGUCAAUGUGGGAAGAGUUUUGGUCGAUCUGGCUCUCUGACUCUACACAAGAGAACACACACAGGAGAGAAGUCUUAUAGCUGUGAU